AUGGUAGAAAGUGACCCCGGGCCCAAAAAACCUCACAAUUGUGAUGUAAAAAGUGAGCACCAACUAAAAGGACCAGGUUCCAAAACUAUCGAGCUGGGCAUCGUUCCUUCGCUGAAGACACCAGGGAAGCUCGAUCCAGAAAAGGGCCCCAACUCAGAGAAAGCUGACUUCGAAAAGGCUAUCGAAUUAGCCGGAUAUGGACGGUUUCACUAUUUGCUUCUGGCAGUAUGCGGCCUUGUCAGCACCUCCGAGGAGAUGGACGUCAUCUCUAUGUCGUUCAUUCUCCCCUCGGCGCAGUGCGACCUAAACCUUACCACGCAAACUAAAGGAUGGCUCAACAGCAUAAUCUUUAUCGGCAUGAUGAUGGGUGCGUACGCCUGGGGCUCAGUCGCAGACUCGCUAGGUCGCAAACGCGUGCUCAUAGCCAUUUCCAUCGUCAACGCACUCGCCAUCGUCGCCUCGUCCUUCAGCCAGAACUAUGAGCUCUUCAUGCUAUUUCGUUUUAUCAACGGAGCCGCAUUGGGAGGAUCCGGUCCUGUCAUUUGGUCAUACUUCGCAGAAUUCCAACCGAAGAAAAAGCGAGGUGCUAUGUUGAGUUUCAUGGCUGCCUUCUGGACUCUUGGCAACUUGUUUGUUGCUGGUCUGGCAUGGGUCAUAAUUCCUAGUGAAAUCGGAGGCACUACUAACGGCUUUGUAUACAACUCGUGGCGUAUCUUCUUAUUGGUCAUGUCACUACCUUCAUUCGUGGUCGCCGCUUUACUCUUUCUGCUGCCAGAGUCACCUAAGUUCUUGCUAUCCACCGGUCGCCAUGAAGAUGCCCUAGAAGUGUUCCGAGGUAUUUAUAUGAUGAACACUGGUCGCAGCAAAGAGGAGUACCCGGUGAAACAGUUGUUAGUUGAUGAGUCUAUGAUAUGCAAGCCAGAGAAACAAAUUGAGACGAAAGAAGCAAAGUCUAAGAUGAGGCAAAUGUUUAGUGACAUCGUUGAACAUAGCAAGCAGUUGUUUGUUCCGCCUAUACUCAAAUUCACUACGAUCUCUAUUACAAUCAAUUUUACAUUCCAUAUUGGCUACUACGGACUGAUGAUGUGGUUCCCCGAAAUGUUCAACCGUUUCGACGAGUGGUCUCGGACCCACGACAAUGCGGAGGCAGAUAUCUGCAUGGUGACGAAGUAUGUGACGCAAUCCGGGACACACUCUGCAGCGUCGCAAUGUGACGCGCAUAUACACUCUGACGUCUUCAUGGACUCCCUCAUCACUGUAGCAGCUGCUAUACCUUCUAAUAUAUUUGCUGUACUCGGAAUGGACAGACUGGGAAGAAAGUUUUUCUUAGUAUUCGCAACAUUCUCGGCUGGUUGCUGUUCAGCUGCCAUGUACUUCGUGUACAAUAAAACUAAUAAUCUAAUCGUAAGCGCUAUCUUCAGUUCAGUGAUCUCGUGUGGUAACGCUUCACUCGACUGUCUCAUCACUGAAGUCUUCCCUACAAACUUACGAGCAACUGGAGUAGCGGUGUCAAUGGUAGCAGCCCGAUUGGGCGGUAUCAUCGGGAACGUGGUGAUCGCAGCACUGCUGGACACGUACUGCCCCGCGCCCACCUUCAUCGUGGCCGUGCUGCUUGCUGGUGGCGGUCUCAUGUGCCUCUUACUGCCCAACACGACGCGGCAGGCCCUCUCAUAA